ACUGAGUUCUAUUUUCGAAAAAAGCAAUUGAAACUGAAGUCAGAAGAAGCAACAAGUCAGCGAAUGGAUGGUAGUGAUGGCCGCCGUGGCCGCCUCAAGCGAAGCCACCAACCCGGAGCAAGACGAUGUUGACGACCAAGAAAGUUACAAUCCUCAGUGGGCCUCCGAGGUCGACGACCGUGGCAAUGUCUUCUUUAUAGAGCCCAGCACACCAGGUAGUGGCGUUGUCAGCGGCAGCGCACUGCGCGCUGGAGGACUCUACAAAACACCUGUCGGUAACGGUGGUCCGCGUCGCUUGCGUCGUUCGCCGCUCAGCCCGUCGCAGUCGCUCAGCUACGGCCUAAGUCUCUCCGCUAUUGGCGGGGCACAACGCGGGGAUACUGUUGCUGCGGCUGCUGGACAUGCAUCUGGUAGCUCGUCCGGCGCUGCUGCUGCUGGCACCAGCGCGAAGACUGGCCAGGCAGCGGACGGCGAGAAGCGCAGCAAAUUGAAAGCAAUGUGGAAGAACUUGACGGGCCAGCGCGGCCGUGGCGGCGCGGCGCACAGCACAUCCGGGCCCGGAGUGGAUAAUGAGUUUCACACAAGCUCCAGCAAGAGCAUGCCCGCAGCGCAAUCGCACCAGGCUAAUCACGGUAACAGUUUGAAUACUGCCAGCGGCAUGCACGCUACUGGUGGUGAUCCUGUUCAGCAGCACGGACCACAACGUAAACCAGGUCUGGCCGGAUUGAGUGAACACCCCACUGUUGGUAGUAGUCUGGAGCAUCAUGCACACGAAGUACAGCCAACAAUGACCACAUCCAAGCUAAAAACAGUGGUGAAAGUUACCGUGAAAAUGCCCAGCGAUAUGUCUGCCAAGACCGAUGGGGAUAUGUCGCUGAGGUUGCUCGGUAUCACGGCGGAAUGCAGACCGAGAGUGCCGUCGUCGUCAGGUCCAAACGGUGCAGCGUCAGGGACUAGUCCUAACUUACCACGUCACACAGCGGCGGCGAGAGCAGCGGUGGAGAACACGUUGCUGGAGGACACGUCGGAUGUUCUCGUCAUCACGGCCAUUGCACCGGGCAGCCCGGCUGCCUCUGCUGCUGCGAGUGGCACAGCACGACUGCAGACUGGUGAUGAGAUACUGCAAAUCAAUGGCGUGAACGUCUCAACACGUAAUAUAUCGACUAUCCUCGCUGCAGUCGCCUUUUACAAGGAGAUUGCAAUGCGCGUGCAGCGCGACGUGUCCCUGAAGGCGAGCAAGAUGAGCAGCACGUCCACCAGCAGCCAGCACCUGCUGUCCUUGAUGCGCGGCACUGGCGCUGGCGGUGGUGGUGCCCGUCGCCAGUACUCUCCGUACAACGCGCGCACCAAGGACGCCAGCGCCAGCGGCAAUAAUGAUCAGUUUGGCUCGCGCGCUCCCAACAUCGCCGUCAAGCCCAAGGUCGCGCUGCACGGCCUUAUGUAUCUAACUCUGGGCAGUGGCAGUGGUGCUGGUAGCAGCUCAAAGAAUGAUGAGGCACUGCAUAUGGAGGACAUCCUCUAUCAUUUCCCGCAGUGCACCGCUGCAACGGCAGCAAAGAAGAACGGCGACGACGAAGAAGGGAACGACGGAAAGCGGGACAGUGCCGGUGGUCGACACGGGCAGACUGGGCAGUCUGCACAGUGGUCUCCUAUAGAUCACCUGGUGUCGAUCCGUGGCGUGUUCUUAACCCUGUCAGAUGUCUUACAGCAGGUGACUGGUACCAGCACUAGCAGCUCAUUCCUGGUCGUUGACGGCAAGCCCAUCCACGUGGGCUACCUGCAGCUCGGGGAGAAUCUGAUGGUGUUGAUGCUACCGGCUACGAGUGCACCACUCUUCUACCUGGACUGUGUGAUGGAGGACAUUGAUCGGCUUCUGACGAUCACGUUCGGAUCCAUUCAUAGUGCAUUCACAAAGAAGCGACACAAGGAGCGACUUGACCAGCUGUUCUCGCUGAUAUUCGAGCGGCUGCUCAGUCGCGACCGGGAUGGCUACCACCAUGUUACAGACGCACUGCAUGGCAUACACCGCCUGCCGAUACCGUUUGAAGUCCAGAGUAAGAUCAGCUCAGUGCUGAGUGAACUGGAAGCAGACGACCACAGCAUACUGGAUGAAGUGCUGUACAUGCGACGACCCUUCCUCAUUCUCGGUUCGUGCUUGUUCUUCAAGGGCUAUCUAAUCGAGAGUCACGUUCCCGAGGAGGACACGCAGGACCUAGCGCUCUACUGUCGCUACUACUGCUUGCUGCAGCUGUCCUCCCGCCAGCGGCUUGGGCAGUUGGUCAUCUGGCACGAGAUCUUCUUGUCGCGUCGUGGCCCGCUUGUGAGUGAGAAUCAACCGGAGGAUCCGGCGUACGUUGAGCAGACUGGCCGCACGUUCCUCCUCAUCGUCGGAUUUAACCAUGCACUACUGUGUGUUGUCUUGGAGGCUGGCGGCACGACUGCCAAGGUGACCGGCCAUCCAGGCCCCGUACCGUACUAUGUUGACGUGGCUGAGGAGGCUCUGAGCACGCUCAGCAGCCGGGGACUGCUGCAGGCGUGCGACUCCAGGAUUCAAAUGGCUCCUGCGCCUGCAGUCAUUACGGCCAGCCAGGCAUUAUCGGCAACGUCGGCAAUGCAGCCCGCCCUGCUCAAGUUUGCACAGCAGCACGGCAUCAAGGCUGUGAAAGAGGAUGGUACAGACUCCGACCCAGGCUCUGGCCACGCCGGUUCACCGGGACUCUCCAGGGCCAUCUUCAUGCAGAAAGCAGCAUUGCCGCCGGGCCCGGCAUCGUCCGGUUUCCGAAAGUCCAUCAAGCGACACGGCGGCCCGAAAGCGGCGACCGUCUCCAAGCCACUAGCCAGCCUGGCGCACAGCUUGACGGCCGGCGACGGUAACAUCCUAUUUCACUACAUCAACGUGGACGCGGUGGCCGGCAUCAUGAUCUGCCCACUGGUGCAGCAUGUACGCGCUGCCACCGCCCAGUCGGCCGCGUCGUCACCGUCCAUACACGGGCAGCUGGUGCGAACCUUUCACCGCGCCUGCAUCACCAUACGGGAAGUGCUGUGCCGUCGCUGCAUGCAGGACCAGAUAGACAACCCGUUUUCUCGCCAGAACGCGUUGCGUGGCGUUUACGAGCAUGGUAUGCUGUUGCAGAUCAACCCGGCCGCUGACAAGUCAAUGGGCAGAUCGACAGCAGGUAGUGACAAACAGAGGAGCUCAAUCGCCGUCAACUACUGGGUGGUGGGGCGACUUUUCCGGGAGCCAGUGCAGCGCGAGUUCUAUGUCUGCUUCCAGGAGUCAAUGUCGCAGAACGCCGUGGAACUAGCGUUCAAGCUAUGCUUCGGUGCGGUCACCUAAUAACGACAACGGACGGCGCACUGUACUAUCCGAAAGCGACAACACGUCUCAAGCAGACAGGCAGGCAGUCAACAUGCUGGGCAGAGGGCCGAAAAGCAUGCAGGAUCACGCCAACGGCAAGCGAUGACCACACCGCCGCUGAACAGGCAAACGAGAAUGAAAAGAGCUCACUCUACGAAUGAUCUUUAGGAGACUUGAACACUUUCCAUUUACAAUUUGAACAGAAGAAAAACAGCCAUAUGGGGACACACUCUCAAACCGGAAAACAAGAGUUGACUGUACACAGCAUGACGCGGCAUGCGAAUCAAGUUGCCAAGCACGGCGGGCACAUGCGCAGAUGUGCUCGGAAUGUGGAGCUACAGUGCUGCCCAAUGGAAUCCGUCGGAGCGCUCCGAACGCCUCGCAGCUCCGGGCCCCGUGCUGUGCACUUUUUCACGGCAUUGGAUUUCAUUGAGCAACACUGUAUUUUGUCGUAGUAGCUGAGAAAAAUCACUAAUGUCUCGACGCUUGAUUUAAUCAUGACAAUGCUCCUAGCAGCGGCAGCAGCAGCAAUUAUAUAUUAUCACAGCCAAUACCUUUUUAGAUGAGAACGGAAAGUAUUGAAAAAUAUAUAA